AUGGAUGAGACUCAUAUGAACCAAGCUGGCGUUCCUGAGAAUGCACAGUCGUCCAGUGGUUUUGAUGGAGCAGGACCCCGUGACGGUUCAGAGGCGCAAUCGCGCCAGAUUUCACCUCUGAAGAAAUCGGAAGCCACCGCUGGGUCCGACGACCCGCUCGAUGCCCCCGCCUCACCUAAAUCACAGAACGGUGACAAUGAACCAGAAGACGAGGAAAUGGGCGGCACCGAGAUUGAUGCUAAGCGCGACACCGAGGGCUUGGAGGAUGCUGUGGGCGAGUCGCACCAACCCGGAGAGGGUGCUGAUGGACUUGAUGAUGCCGUAGGAGAAGACCAACCCGCGCCAACCAAGUCUUCCCUUGAAGCCGCUGCGCGCGAACAACUCGUCACCCAAACACACGCUAUUAUCCUCCCCAGCUAUGCGACAUGGUUCGACAUGAACACCAUCAAUCAAAUUGAGAAGAAGGCUCUCGCUGAGUUCUUCAAUGGUCGCAACCGUAGCAAGACGCCUGCUACCUACAAAGAUUACCGAGACUUCAUGAUCAACACUUAUCGAUUGAACCCCAUUGAGUACUUGACCGUCACUGCUUGCCGUCGCAACCUUGCGGGUGAUGUGUGCGCAAUCAUGCGUGUUCACUCAUUCCUAGAGCAGUGGGGCCUGAUCAAUUACCAGGUUGACCCUCAAACGCGGCCCUCCAAUAUUGGUCCUCCAUUCACCGGUCACUUCCGCGUCAUCGCCGAUACUCCACGCGGAUUACAGCCAUUCCAGCCAGGCCCGAACCACAGUGUCACAUCAGGCAAGGCUCUUCCAGCCACUCAACGUGCGGCAUCCUCCACCCCUGCGUCCAAAGACGAUUUGAAUCUUGAACUCCGUCGCACAAUCUACGAUGAAAGAGGCAAGGAAAUCACCCCAGCCGAUGAUAAGGAAAAGCACACAAACGGCGACUCAGCAAAUGGCUUGGACCUUGCCCAAGAAUCCAAGAAGAAGGCACACUGCUUUUCUUGCGGCAUUGAUUGCACCAAACUCCGAUUCCACUAUGCCAAUUCGGCUCCGACGUCAGCCCAAGCCAACACACCAGACACCAAAUAUGAUUUGUGUCCUAACUGCUUCCUCCAAGGAAGAAUGCCCUCAAGCCACAGCGCUUCAGACUUCGUUAAGCUCGAGGACAAGAGCCACUCUCAUGUUCCUGACAAAGAUGCUCCGUGGUCCGACUCGGAAACAAUCCUGUUGCUAGAGGGUCUGGAGAACUUCGAUGAUAACUGGGAACAAAUUGCGAACCACGUCGGCACACGAUCCCGAGAAGAGUGCGUGAUGAAGUUCCUGCAGCUGGAGAUUGAGGAUAAGUAUAUUGAAGACAUCCCUGAGCUACGCUCUGGCGGUGGACGUGACCCUAUCAGUCAAUCCGAAAACCCCGUUUUAUCUGUGGUAGCGUUCUUGGCCCAGAUGGCAGAACCCUCAGUGGCCGCUGCCGCGGCGGGACGGUCUGUCGAGGAAAUCCGCAAGGAGCUCCGUAGCCAGUUGGAGAAGGGAGGCGCCAAAGGCAAAGACGCAGUCAAGACCGAGGAUUCCAUGGACGUGGACUCUGUGCGCGAGGCCGAGAACCAAGCUGCCGAGAAGCCCAAGGAGUCUCUCGGCACCAUCGCUUUGGCUGCCUCUGCUGCCCGUGCUGGCGCGCUUGCUUCCCACGAAGAGCGUGAAAUGACCCGCCUGGUGUCCGCUGCGGUCAACGUCACCUUGCAGAAAUUCGAAGUCAAGCUGCAGCAGUUCAACGAGAUGGAAGAGAUCAUCGAGGCUGAACGCCGGGAGCUCGAGCAGGCGCGCCAGCAGCUAUUCCUGGACCGUAUGACCUUCAAGAAGCGUGUCAAGGAAGCCCAGGAUGCUCUCCAAAGCGUCAGCCUUCAGGGCUCCAAUGAGCACACAAACCAGAUGCUGGCCGAUGCCGCCACCACGGGCAUUGGUAACCACUACAGCUUCCAGCCCGUUGGCGGUGAUAUCCGGGCGGGCACCCAGCCUCUGAGCGCCCAGAGCGGCGCCGACUACAAGACUCUUGACCUGUAG